AUGCUGGCCUUGCGGCCAGGUGUUGGUGCUGCUCCAACGGCGAUCCCCAGCAGGGCGGUUGGCGAAAUCGUGAACACCGAGGCCGGCGGCACAGGCGCCACGCGUGACAUGGCAGCUCUGCUGGUGGAGGCGAACGCGGGUACCGAGCUGGACCAGUUGGAUGCCAUCGAGGUCGACAACGAGGACACCAGGGGCCCCCGGCAGUGCAUGGGCGUGCCGUGGGCCGCAGCCGGCCCGUGGGCGGCCUCCAUCGCGACUGCGUGGCUCUCGCGCUGCCCCGCCUGCCCAGAGGCCCGCGUGACGUGCGGGGCCUGCCCCGCGUGCCCUGCGGCGGCGGCCGCCGCCCCCUGCCCGGGCUGCCCGAGCUGCCCGGACUGCAGUCUGACCUGCGGGUCCGGGCCAGGCUGGUGGGCGGUCCUGGCCGCCUUGGUCGCCGGGCUCGCGGCUGGUGGCGGCCUCCGCGUGACGCUGGGCUGGGCUGCCCGAGUCGCCUCGCUCUUCGUCGGCGGGACCGACCCGCCGCCUGUGACCCUGCUCGUCGAGGCGCAGGUGUGCGUGAACUACGACGACGACGACAACUUUCGGUGGCACCACAGGGUGCUCCUCGAGCAGCUCAGCCCUGGCGUCUGGGUGGCGGCGACGCCCGACGGCGAGGUGCUGACGCUGGACCUCAGCAAGCACCUGGUCGUCCCGUUGCGUCGGGGGUCCGCGUUCCCGGUUCGGGUUCGUGGGCAGGUCUAUGCGUUCGGCGACCAGUCGGACGAGGACAUCGAGGCGCUGCGGGUGGAGGCGCGAGGCCUCGCCCUGGUCAUGGGCGUCUCGGCCCCAGCUGGGAUUGCUGGGGGCAUCGUGCCGCGCUGGAUCGUCUCGGACCCAGGCUCUCCCGAGUUUGGGCGCGAGCUGGACCUCCAGCUCAUCGGCAACCCGGAGCGGCUGAUCAGCCGCGACGCGGUGGGCAUCGCGAUGCUCAGCGAGGAGGAGGGCUGGGUCUCGGUCGAGAACGUGCAGCAGGCCGACGAGGAGGACUGGCGCGCCGAGAAGCGCCGAGGCCCAGGACGCGACCCGCGGAUCCUUCCGCUGGCGCGCCGGGGUCGGGGGGUCCAGGUGACGCUCGGGGAGGCGCUCGCGAAGAUGAACGCGGUCGACUUCGACGACUGGCCCUUUCGGGGGCCGAGGGCCCUGCCCGAGCUGCUGGCCGCCAUCCUGGCCACCGGGCUGACCCUCACGUCCUACUGGGGGUACUGGGUCUCGGAGUCGGGGGUGUCCCGGAACGCCGCGGAAGCCCAGGAGGUGCGGCGCGCGUUGAAUCAGCUGCACCACGCCGUGACGUACGACCUCGUGGACCCGUCGAACUUGGCGUCUCUGGAGCUCCUGGGGCGCCGAGUGCUGCAGAUCCAGCGUGCUGUGAAGAGGUGCCCGCGCCGCCCGAGUUUCGAGGGCCUCGGCCUGAUGUUGAGCAGCUCUCUGGACGAGAGCGGAGGCAUCGUGACGUCGCGGUUCGACGCGUUCGUGGCCGAGGAGCAGAAGUCGCAGGGCAUCAUUCUGAAGCAGGAGCGGAUGUACCGGGAGGAGCAGGAGUCGGAGGCGAAGAAGUACGAGAGGCAGGGCGACGACAGGGAGAGGGGCUCCAGGGCGGAUCCGAAGGGCAAGGCGAAGCCGAAGCCCAAGGCCGCCGCGAAGGAGUCGGUCAUCAAGCGAGUCCGACGUCGUAUCCGCGGGUUCGGCGACCGGCCGAAGGACAUGGACUGUGCUGGAGCCCUUCAGGAGCUCCUCAAGUGCAAGGAUCUUUACUCGAACAUGGGCGAGGCUUCUACUCGCCGCGACUAUGAUGCUGACAAGCUCAACGUGUUACGACGUGCGCCACAGGACCGGCCUCGUCAGCUUCGAGACGUUGCCCCUCGGCACGUCACCGAAGCGCUGGACCACUUCGACUCGGACGUCGUUCGCCCCGCGCCGAACAUCCCCGAGGACGAGGUCAUUGUCGAGCCGUACUGGGACCCUCUCCUCAACCCGCGGGACCCCCAGAACCGGCCACGUCUGGUCGACUUCCUUCGACGACUCGCUGCACGGGGCCUGGUGGAUGGCCGGGCGCGUCGGAAGGCGUGCGUCAGUACCUUCUUCGUCGCCAAGAAGAACGGCGACAUCCGCAUGGUCGUGGACGCUCGCCAGCCCAACCAGCUGCACAAGCUUCCCCCUCGGACUGUGCUCGCAUCGGGCGAGGCGCUGGGCUCGAUCAACUUGCUCGACGCCGUCGGCGCGAGCCCUGAGGACUUGGCGGAUUUCGACGGCUGCUAUGAGUCGCUCUGCGCAGGCUCCGUGGACCUCAUGGACGGGUUCUACCAGUUCGCCGACCCUUCGUGGGGCAGCUGGAUGUGCUUCGACGUGGAGGUCACCGCUGACGAGCUCGGGAUCGACUCGAUCUACGACGAGAAGCUCGGGCGCCGCGUGGCCGUAUCAGGCGACGACGUCAUCUGGCCCUGCUUCGCGGCGCUGCCCAUGGGCUGGAGCUGGGCGCUCUGGAUCUGCCACGAGGUUCUCGUCGAUGCGAUGGUCGAGGCGGGGCUCCCGAGCGACGGCUGGUGCCUUGACAAAGCCCGGGCGCCGACUCUCGUCGGACAGGCUGUCGUCAGGGCCCCGUACGUCGACAAUGGGAAUCUUGUGUCGCUCAGCGCGCCGGCGCUCAACGACCGGCUGGACAAGCUCACCGCUGAGCUGGGCCGUCGUGGGCUUCGCUGGCACGAGCUCGAGCGCGCGCAGCCCGGCCUUGUCAUCUUGGGGCUGGUGCUCGACGGGCGCGAGGGCCGACUUCGGCACACCGCCAAGCGCGCCUGGAGGCUCUACCUGGCUCUGCACCACGUGCUUCGGAUACCGUGGCUCGCCCGCUGGCAGGUGCGACGGAUCGUCGGCCAUCUGGUGCGCUACUUCUCCGUCGUGCGCCCCGGGCUCAGCGUGCUGGGGGCCUGCUACACGUUCAUCGGAGACGGCGACCUGUCCACUGUCGUGCGCUUGCCUGGAGAUGUUCUCGGUGAGCUCGCAGUCGCUGCAGGGCUCGUCUUCCUCGGCGAAGUGGACUUGUGCCGCGUGCCGUCCGACAUCGCCUUCACGACCGACAGCUCGCUGCGAGGCUACGCCGUCUGCGAAGCCCGGCUGGAGCCCUGGGAGGUGCUGGCGGCCACCAGAUGGCGGGAGCGCCAGCGGUUCGUUGCCACCGAGCCCGAGGUUGCGCCUGACGACGAGCAGUACGAAGGACGGGCCGCCGGCUUCUGUGACAUCUCCGAGCCACUGCCCGUCGAGCUGCCGCCCCGGCUGCGGCGCGCCGUGGCCAAGAGGCGCCGGGUCGAGUUGGAGAUCGGCGUCCCGCCCGAGCCGUUGGCCGACGCUCUGCUGGAUGCUGGCCGCUGGGUGGAGCGCCGCCGUGGCGCGUGGCGCCGGCCAGGGCGUAUCCACGCCCUCGAGGCGCGCGCCGCUGUCGCACCGCUAUGGAGAGCGGCAGCCGAUGUCAACUUCCACGGGAAGGAGAUCCUCAGCCUGUGCGACAACAUGUCGUCGGUCCUCGCCUUCGAGAAGGGCAGGGCCACCAAUUUUGAGCUCCUGGCACAGUGUCGCCGGGCUGCGGCCGUCUGCUUCGGGUGCGAGAUCCGCUGGCGCCCGAGGCACGUGCCUGGCAUCUACAACGUCGCGGACCACGGGAGCCGGGCGGCUGACCGGGGUGAGCUCCUCCCCGGACGCUACCGCGGGCGUGGCGCCCUGUCGGCGCCCACCAGCGGCAGCCGCCGACUGCCCGUGGUCCCGCCAGCCGCGGGCAAGGCCGAGGCCUCGCCGACCACGGCUGUCGAGUUUGAGAUCGGCAUCAAGAUGAAGUCUCGAAAGUACUCCCCAACGAGCGACCCCGACAAGAUCGACAUGAGCAUGCUCGAAACCUACCUGUUGCACUCGAGCCUCCUGGAGUUCCUCUACGGGGCCCACAUGUACACCUUGGGGCGCGCGAAGAUCCUCAACGGGACCCUCCUGAGCGCCCUCGGCCUCUUGCGGUUCUACAACGGGGCCCACCUGUACGUCUUGGGCCACACGAAGAGCCUCAACGGGCACUGGCUAAGCGCCCUCGGCCUCCCGAAGUUCUCCGACGGGCAUCUCGUUGAACAUUGGCUCAAAUCGGGAGAAGUCUGGUGGGUCCACCUUGGCCUGCCCUGCACGAGGUGGGUGCCAGUCGGGGGCGCGCGCGAUCCAGCGCCGGCGGACCGCACGCUUGUGGCGUUCACAGUCCGUGUCGUGCGACUCUGCCGGUCCCUGGGGAUCUUCGUCACUUUCGAGAACCCGCCUGCGAGCCGUGUCUGGAGGUGGCCCGCGUUGGAGCGAGAGCUGCAGCGCCUUGCCUGGCCGAAGGUGCUGUUCGACUCGUGCAGGUUCGGCGCGCCCUUCAAGAAGCCAGGUGCGAUCGCCGGGAGCCUUCCCGGGCUGGGCCAUCUUGCACUGCGCUGCUGUUGCGCUUGCCGCCAUAGGGUUGAGCUGCAAGGCAAGGUCCGGCAUCCGACGCGGGGCUGGACGUGGCGGACGACUCUGGCCGGGGCUUACCUACCCAGCUGGCGCCGCCUGCUGGUCUCGUUGGCCGGCCCAGACGCCCCUCAGAGUGCUUUCGGGCGCUCGACCCAGGAUGACCUCCAGGCUCGGGCUCACGCGCUGGCAAGCGCGGCCGGGGUCGCCGAGCUCCGCGGAGUCACGGCAGACGUCGAUGCAGGCGCCGACUCAGCCGUGCUGACGCCCAGGCGGGCAGGCCGGAGCCAACGUGACCCUGUCCCUCGUCCAGUGGCCGUGGCCGCCCGGCGCCGCCGGGCGCAGGCUGCCGCGCGUGGAGACGUCGCUGCUGGUCAGCGGCAGGCCGCCCCCGGAGAGUACCUCCGCCUGGCCUCGCUGCGGCCAGCCACGGUCGACAGCUACACGUCCGCCGUGAUCGAGCUGACCGACUACGCCAACCGCCGGGGCCUGCUGCUGACCACGCCGGAGCUGGCCGACGAGACGCUCAACUUGUACUUCGAAGACUUGUUCUUUGCAGGUGAGCCCCAGUACCUGGCUCGUAACGCGUUGUAUGGGCUCUGCAAAGUUCGAGGAUGGUCUGCUAGCCGACCUCGCUUCCAUAAGGCCAAAGAUGCUCUAACUGGUUGGUCGGCAAAACUGCCGACUACGCCGCGAGAGCCGCCGCCGUUCGAAGCCGUCCAGCUGACCUGUGCCGUGCUCGACAACGGGACCACGUCUGACCUACUGGCGUGCCUGGCCUCCGUGACGGGGUUUGACAUGUACUUCCGGCCAGGCGAGUUGCUCGCCAUCAAACCAGAGCACGUCUUCGGCUCUCGUACGUCGGGCAGGGCUUCCGACAUCACCGUCGUCGUGGCACCGCUAGGCGACGACAAGCCAGCCAAGAACAAAGAUUUUGACUGUACGGUGAAAGCCGGCACCGACUUGCCAGCGGAGAAGGAUAGUGCGGCCACGGCCGCAGCGACCUUCGAUGAGGCUGGCAUCCGGUGUGCGAAGCAGCUUCCAGAGGUAUUCCGUGAACGCCGCCGGCAUCGCCCUUCGAAGCUCCCGCGGUGUCAGGAGCUGGGGGAAUUCGCUCUGAUGGCCGUUCAUUCGAUCCCCGCCUGCACCCACGCCAAGGUGGCAACUCAGUGGUCGCGGAUCCCGAACGCCUCCCCAGAGGGCCAUUCGGCGACGGUCGAACAGCAUCGGCAGCUCGCGGACAUGCUGGAGAAAGAAGGCACGCAGGCGUCGAGGUCUGGCGUGCUUUGCGAUCUCGCUCGAGGCGCCCGCGCGACUCCUGCGACCCUGUCCCCGCUGACGCGGAUGAUCCAGAUCCCCGCGGUGACCUCCCUGUGGGUUGACUUUCCCGCUGAGCUCCUCUCCGCGCUCCUGCUCAGGAUGGCGGGCCCGGAGAUUCACGCCAAUCCUGCGUCGCUGCUUCGGAAUACAUCUCUUAUGAACUACAUCGCGGAGAUCCGCGUGAACGGAGAACUCGGGGGCGCCGACGAGGUUCGGGUGGUGUUCAACGCGCUCCAUUGGCUGAUUAUUCAAGCGGGGGUCGACUACGUGGCCAUCACCGUCACCAGCGACUUCCACGAUGCUGGGCUCAUCUCGGGAAACAGUUCACCGCGCGGCCUCGAUGGCAGAUUCUGCUCCCCGGCCGCGCCGCUGUCUUACGUCUGCGCGGAAGACGUCGACGUGGCAGGUCUCUCCCUUCUCGGCCGGUUUCCCAGCUUCGCCGACCGACGAGAUGCUCUGCGCCGGCGCAUCGCGCAGCACGUCCUGCCCAAGGAUCGGGAACUCGCGUUGUUUGGGGGCGACUUCAACUACGCGGCCGCUCCCGACGACUGUCGCUGCAUCAACGCCGGCGUUGCGACGGGCGCGCGGGGCCGCGGGCUGACGUGCCUCAAGAAGGCGAUGCGGACCGCUGCCCGCGACUUGCUUUUCUCGGCGCCCCCUGUGGAGGAUGCCGCGGCACUCGAGGACAGAGUUGGCGUCGCCAUGAGGUUUCGUCGCUCCUCGGAGGCAGGAUCGGCGACUGGGGUGAGACAGUGCAUUCUCCGGUGCCCGCUCCCCAAAGACCUCGCGGGCAAUCCGCGUGACUUCGAUUCGCCCUUUGGUUGGCGUCUCCGCCGCGUGAGGCAGCACGUCGCAGAGCUUGCUCGCGAUCGCUUUGUGUCCGAGCUGCGGCAGCUGCGCGAGGGCAUCGAAGGCUCGUCCGAUGAGCAAGCCACGCGCCGUCGGCAGCGGAACCGCAGGUUUCUUACUCGCGGCAUCCACGCUGCUUCUAAACAGCUUCGCCACGUCCUCGGCUAUGCAGCCUCGUUCGAGACCUUCGAACAAGCCGCCGUCACCACGAACAACAGCUCGCCAGGGCCCGACGACAUUCCUUUCAAAGCAUGGCGCAAGCUUAGGAGAUUUGAUGCGGAGGCUCUCUACGACGCUUUCUGCGCAUUUCCAUUGAACAUCACCGACGUCCGCAUUCACAUCGAGCCAGAGGCGCCCCAGGGAUCUUUCAAUCUCAGCGCGGAUCUCUUCGCGGCCGACCGAUGCUGGCCAGUGCGCGUGCAGCCCCCAGCAGAGGCCCUUAAUUGGAGCGACUUCACAAUUCGUCGUUCUGCGACCUACCUAGGUUUCGCUGGCCUCUUGUUGGCGCUUUUGGCUUACCGCACCUACAUAUUCCCGGUUCUCGGCUUCGUGCUUCAGCUCGACCGCGCCCCCGCUCCGUGGGAUGACUACGAGCAACAGGCGCGCGCGAUCCUCUUCCCAGGUCCGCGGUGCUGGGCCCCUCCCGCGGCGCUGCGGAGCCUGCGCGCCCUCGGAUUCCAGAGUGCGUUCCUGGGCGCCCGCGCAACGGCUGCGGCAGCGAAGCGCCGGGUCUACUAG